AGACUCAGAAAAGUUGCCAGAGAUCUACAGGCACGUCCCACAGCCCGGAGCAAGCUCCUCUGUGCUUCACUAAGUCACACCAGGGGUAGGUGACAGCACCAUGGAGGAUUAACAAGCAAGCAAAAGGUACUGGUAAAUCAGAUUAUCUGCCCUGUCAGUACCAGCCAGCAGGACUAUCCAGAUCUCCUGGCUGAAAGCUCCACAAAGGCUGUCUAAAACAAAGAGAAGAUAUUAGGCACUUUGCACUGUUCCUGACCACUGCUCUUCUUUCCUGCACUCCUAAAACCUCUGAUUUGUGCCCUCUGCUUUCUUGUUGCCAUGGAGAAGGUCCAACACAUGACCCGCUCCGCUCUGAGGAGAGCCUCAACUAUUGAGGUCAACCCACAAGCACGCCAAAGGCUCCAAGAGCUCUUUGUGAAUUUCUGCCUGAUUCUAAUUUGCCUCUUGCUGAUCUGUAUCAUUGUGAUGCUUCUCUGAAGUUCCAGCACUCCUCUGCCCUGUUCUCUAGGAAAGUCACCCCAGGGGGAAGAGAGACCUACACAUGCAGCUCCCAGUGCAAGGAUCCUCAUGUGACAGUGGCUAGCACUUGGACUAGAGUGUGCCAACCAGUGCUCUGUUAUCUUACUGCCCACUACAUGAAUUAAAAACACAUUUUCUGUGCAGAACAGUGUUUAGAGCCUGUAGUUACCAAAUUGUGCAUGACUCAAUUUGUCCGUCUGAAUCAAGAUACGUCUUUACUACGUGGGGUAAAGAAUCAGAUUAUCUGCUCUGAUCAGUAACUGCCAGCA